AAUUGUAGGGGGAAGAUAACUGGUGCCUCUGCCUUUGGAACGGGGUGGGUGCCAGAGAGGUCAAGGUCCUGGGGGUGUUUGCUUGCCUGGUUCUGUUUGUUAACCAGAGGUGGUGUGGCUGAAAUGAGAAAGUGAAACUUUAGGAAGGUCUGAGAAGCCCUCUUCCCUUAAAAAAAAAAAAAAGCUGCUUCUCGCAGAGUGGAAAGCGCCGGUCCCCAUCCCACCAAAACCAUUUGACAAGCAGGACAAGGAAGAGGCAGAAGGACCUGGGCCUGUGCGCGACGCCCCGGGGGACGAGGCUCAUGGAGAAGUUUCGGGCGGUGCUGGACCUGCACCUCAAGCACCACAGCGCCUUGGGCUACGGCCUGGUGACCCUGCUGACGGCGGGCGGGGAGCGCAUCUUCUCCGCCGUGGCAUUCCAGUGCCCGUGCAGCGCCACCUGGAACCUGCCCUACGGCCUGGUCUUCUUGCUGGUGCCGGCGCUCGCGCUCUUCCUCCUGGGCUACGUGCUGAGCGCACGCACGUGGCGCCUGCUCACCGGAUGCUGCUCCAACGCCCGCGCGAGUUGCGGACCUGCGCUGCGCGGCUCCCUGGUGUGCGCGCAAAUCAGCGCGGCCGCCGCGCUCGCGCCCCUCACCUGGGUGGCCGUGGCGCUGCUCGGGGGCGCCUUUUACGAGUGUGCGGCCACCGGGAGCGCGGCCUUCGCGCAGCGCCUGUGCCUCGGCCGCGACCGCAGUUGCGCCGCGGAGCUGCCGCUGGUGCCGUGCAACCAGGCCAAGGCGUCGGACGUGCAGGACCUCCUGAAGGAUCUGAAGGCUCAGUCGCAGGUGUUGGGCUGGAUCUUGAUAGCAGUUGUUAUCAUCAUUCUUCUGAUUUUUACAUCUGUCACCCGAUGCCUAUCUCCAGUUAGUUUUCUGCAGCUGAAAUUCUGGAAAAUCUAUUUGGAACAGGAGCAGCAGAUCCUUAAAAGUAAAGCCACAGAGCAUGCAACUGAAUUGGCAAAAGAGAAUAUUAAAUGUUUCUUUGAGGGCUCGCAUCCAAAAGAAUAUAACACUCCAAGCAUGAAAGAGUGGCAGCAAAUUUCAUCACUGUAUACUUUCAAUCCGAAGGGCCAGUACUACAGCAUGUUGCACAAAUAUGUCAACAGAAAAGAGAAGACUCACAGUAUCAGGUCUACUGAAGGAGAUACGGUGAUUCCUGUUCUUGGCUUUGUAGAUUCAUCUGGUAUAAACAGCACUCCUGGGUUAUGACCUUUUGAAUGAGUAGAAAAAAAUUGUUUUGAAUUAUUGCUUUAUUAAAAAAUAAACAUUG